AUGGAGCAUCUUCCGGUGGAAGUCAUCGGCAACAUCCUCUCUCGUCUCGGCGCCGCUCGUGACGUCGUAAUCGCCUCCGCCACUUGCCGGAAAUGGCGAGAAGCCUGGCGCAUCCACCUUCACACACUCUCCUUCAACUCAAACGACUGGCCUGUUUAUCACGAACUCACAACUAGCAGACUCGAAAUCCUCAUCACUCAAACAAUAUUCCAAACCACCGGCCUCCAAUCUCUCUCAAUCAUCAUGGACGACGUCGACGAGUUCUCCGCCGCCCCCGUCAUCGCCUGGCUCAUGUACACCCGAGAAUCCUUGCGUCAACUACAUUACAACGUAAGAACAUCACCCACCAUUAACAUCAUAGAAAAAUGCGGGCGUCAAAAACUCGAAAUCUUAAAUCUAUCUCACAACACCAUAACCGGAGUCGAACCAAGUUAUCAACGAUUCCCAUGCUUAAAAUCUCUCUCCUUAAGUCACAUCUCCAUUUCUGCUCUCGAUCUAAGUUAUCUCCUCACCGCCUGCCCUAAAAUCGAGAUUCUCACACUUCUAAGCCUCGACAUCGCCAUGUCAGACGCCCAAACAUCAAUGGAAUUGAACUCUCCAUCUCUAAAAGAUCUAUCCGCAGAAGCCAUAAGUCUGGAAAAGUUCAUUCUGGAAGCAGAUAAUCUCGAGAAGUUACAACUGAAAGAUUGCACGCUGGAAGUUUUUGAACUCAUUGGCAAAGGUACGUUAAAACUUCUUAAAAUCGAUGAUGUGAGUGUGAUUCAUCUGGAUAUCGGUGAAAACACGGAGAAUCUUGAAGUGGUGGACGUUAGUAAUUUCACAAUCAUGUGGACGAAGUUUCAUCAUAUGAUUUCAAAAGCUUCAAAGUUAAGAGGGCUUCGGCUAUGGGGAGUUGUGUUUGACGAUGAAGAUGAAGUGGUGGACAUGGAGACGAUUUCCGUUUGUUUUCCUCAAUUGACGCAUUUAUCUUUGUGUUAUGAUUUGAAAGAGGGGUCGCUUCAGUACAGUUUGCAGAGAUGCUUUGAGUUGAAGAAUGUGAUAAUGUUGGAAUUGGGGUGGACGGUGAUUACUGAUUUGUUUUCGCAGUGGGUGGGUGGGCUUUUGGAGAGGUGCCCGAAUCUCAAGAAGUUGAUUAUUAAUGGAGUUGUGUCAGAGGCUAAAAGCCAUGAAGAAUGCCAGGUUUUGGCUAAUUUUACCACAUCCAUCGUUGGUUUAAUGCGGAGGUAUUUGCAUGUUGAUGUUCAGUUUGAAUAUGAAUAA